UUAAGCACUUCACUUCCUUCUUCCUCAUCACUUCCAUUCUUCUUCUUCUUAUUCGUCCUUUCUGAGUUUCUUGAGUAGGUUGUAGCUAUGGCGGUGAAGGGCAGAGAGGACGGCGGGGUUAAGGGUGGAGCCGGGAAAGUGAACGGCAUUAAGGAGGUGCACUACAGAGGCGUGAGGAAGAGGCCGUGGGGGCGCUACGCCGCGGAAAUCCGUGAUCCGGGCAAGAAGAGCCGCGUGUGGCUGGGGACUUUUGACACGGCGGAGGAGGCGGCGCGGGCGUAUGACGCCGCCGCCAGGGAGUUCCGUGGGGCUAAGGCGAAGACCAACUUCCCCUCGCCGUCGGAGAAUCACAGCCCCAGUCAGAGCAGCACGGUGGAGUCUUCCGGGAGCGAGACGGGCGGCCACGCGCCGCAGUUCCCACUGGAGCUGGAUCUCACGCGCCGCCUUGGUUCCGGCGAGGCCGCCGGCGUUAGAUCCGUGAAUACUAAUAAUAAUAAUACAUUUCAGUUCUUUCACCCUCAGCCGGCCGUCGCCGUUCUCCCCAACGGACAGCCGGUUCUGCUGUUCGAGACGCUGUGGCGGCCCGGCGCCGUUAGCCACCCACUCCCGGACCAGUUCGAGCCGGCGAAUCCUUCCAAACGCCCCGCUUUCAGCGACUCAAGCACCUUCUCCGUCGUCGAAGAGAACCACUUUGUCGGCGCCGGCGCCGGCGUUGCAGAGAAACGCCUUAACCUUGAUCUUAACCUUGCUCCACCCACAGAAGCUUGAUUAAUCUUAAUCAAUGAUUACUAGAAUGAGAUCACUAAUUGCUUGUUUUUGUACAUAGAAUUCGAGUGAACUGUCGUGUUUUUUUACAGCCGACGAGCGAAUUGCUUACAAUUCCUCUUGCUGUUCCUACUGAACUGUAACUCGUUAUUCUUGUUUUUCCGGUGAGUGAAAAAAUCCUUAAUAUUUCCGUUUUUUUAUUAAUUUU